AUGAUGUUGACCCUGGAGUCAGACUUCACCACCGACCUGGGAAUGGACGGCCUGGACCACGUGGAGCUCAUCAUGAACGUCGAGAAGGAGUUCGGCGUGACCAUCUCCGACGUCGACGCCGUGCAGAUGCAGAGGCCGGCCGACAUCGUGCGGUACCUCGAGGCCAGGGCGGACGGGUCCAAGUAUGCCGUUCGAGAGUAGGCGCAAGCCGUGUCGAGUACGAGUACGAGUGCGUG